GCAGUUAUUGAUUAUUUACCACGGAAAUAACCGAAUAAUUUCCCGCGCCAACGAUAAUACAAAGAGCCCGGAUAUUAUUAUUAUACAUGCGCAGGAAAGUCCCAGAGCGCACCGGUAGUGGUAGUUUUUGAAACACAGAGAAUAAAAUUGAUAGAAAUGUCUAAACACAAUGAAGAUGACCCUAUGGAUGAGGAGGAAGAGGCCGAGGAAGAAUUCACAGUGGAGCGAGUUGUAGAUGUCCGGGUUAGGAAUGGACGCAAGGAGUAUCUUCUUAAAUGGAAAGGUUACCCAGACUCUGAGAAUACAUGGGAGCCAGAAGCCAACCUUGACUGUCCAGACCUCAUUGCAGAAUAUGAAACGAGUAGAACAGAAAAGAAAAAGAAAGAGGCAGAGAAAAAGAGAAAGCCUAAUGGAGAGGUAGAUUCAGGCUCGUCUAGGAAGAAGAAGAAAGUUGCAGAAGUGAGAACUGGUGGUGCUGAAGAUGAUAAUAAACCAAGAGGAUUUGACAGGGGUUUGCAGCCAGAAAGAAUUAUUGGUGCCACAGACAGUUCUGGAGAACUCAUGUUUUUAAUGAAAUGGAAAGACAGUGACGAAGCAGAUCUUGUUCCUGCUAGACAAGCCAAUGUGAAAUGCCCACAGAUAGUGAUUGCAUUCUAUGAAGAAAGACUUACAUGGCACAACCACAAUGAUGACGAUGAUAAAGAUGGAUCUUAAUCUCAUAAUCCAUUCAUCCAUGUACUCAUAAUACUUGCAAUAUCAAACAUUGAGUCUCACUGUGUUAACAACAAGUUUUAUCAAAAUAACAUUGUAAAUGUCAAAAAGCCAUGGGUAGUGGCAAAUAUUCCUGCCAUGGCUGUAAAUUUGUGAUUGUGUUAAAAUAUGCAUCUUCUGACCCCUACUUCAUGUUACAUAUAGCAGUUUAGUGAUUCCAUCUGUGUAUUCCUGGUGGGAGAAAUUUGAACAAAAAAAAACAACUGGUUACACAAAUUUCUAUAAAACACCUGAGGUUUUAUUCUUAAAAUGUUGCUAAAUCUUUAAAGAAUUAACUUGCAUUUGUUUGAAGGUUGAAUGUGAUUGGUUUCAUAGUGUAAAGCAUAAACAACUAGUGACUGAGGUUGCAUAUUUUGAUACAAACUAUGUUCACAUGACUAGGGUAAUUUCUUGAACAAGCAGUCAAAAUUUGGCUUAGAGGGUCCACAUUGGAUGUAUAUUUCAUUUAGAACAUGUAUGUUUGUAUUGUAGGGUUCUACCUUCUUAUCAAAACAAAAAGGAGGGCAUUUUGUACCUGUAAGGAAAAAGAUGCGCUUUCAUGUGCUGGAACCUGCAUUGUCACAUGCUGCUAGCAUGUCACUUCCAUUUCAUCCAUUGCUUUGAUAAUGUACCAAGUGCUUAGAUGUAAUUUGUUUUCAUUUCUCAUCAAUCAUGCAUUCCUCAUGGUCAUCUUCAUAAAAUGAACAAUCGUGUAUUGCCCCAAGAGAAAUUUGAUGCAGCUGUAGAAGAGUUUAUAAAUAUACAAAAGAAGUGCUCAUUGGAAAUUUACAGUUUUUAUACACUAAUCAUGGAGGGUUCAUUUCCUUUGGAGUAACCAGAAAAGAACUGUUUUCUACUCAACACUUUCAAAGUGUUUUUAGUGCUUUUCAACUUUUUGCAAAAGGAGAAUAUUUUCAGCAUGCAUUCUUUUUCCUUCAGUAAAAAGUAUUUAAUUUUUAUUGAGCAUCUUAUGGAUGUUUUUAACUUUACAAACGAGACAAGUACAGCACUUCGUAACCACUUUUAAGUAUUGGUUUUAUGCAACAUCUAAAUCAAAUGCACUUAAAAAGUCACACUUGUACCAUAGGGAAAAAGAUGUUGACCCUUGAAUAUUUUCAGUAUAUGUUUUUAAUACUACAAGUAGAAUAGCAUGUUUUUAGCCAUUGUAAAUAAUCAUACUGUCGUCUAUGUAGAAAAGUUGAGAGAAGAAAAGUAGAAUGUAGGUGGGUAAAUGUAAAAACUGCUCUUCCACAUCGGGUUGUAACGUAGACUUUUAACCUCAUUUCAAAAUUGGAGAGAGAAAAUUGUGAACACUGUCGAGUCAUAAUAAGUCAGUUAUAACCAUGUAAUCUCGAGUAAGAAUUUUAAGUGGUGGCUGAGUUCUCUUGCUCCCAUAGUUUUGAUACCACAAUAAUGUAAUUUUUGCACUUUUAAAAAUCUUUAUGUAGAGACUAAUUGGACAUUUUUUUUUAGGCUUAAAUAAAGCUAUACAUAAUUUCUGCGCUUUUUUUUUUUACAUUUGCAACAUUAAAUGAUGUAUGAAAUGUAGAUAAUUGAUAGUGUCCCACCUUGCUGAAAGAUUGUGAAAAUGAAUAAAAAUGUAUGAAAAAAUA